CAAUUAAGAGGAAGUCUAAUGUCUGCCUUCUGUCAAUUCACCUGCUUUUAGAUGCUGCUUCUAGUGGAUGGGGGGAUUGAUGCUCAAACUCAGAUGGUUUGUGUAGCUUUGACAAAUGGUUCUGCAUCCAGAAGUUGAAUCUUCUUGUGCUUGUUCCAGACAGCAUGAAGGGGUAGGACAGGUUCAACCUUUUCUCCAGGAAAUUCUGGUGAUUAAAGAUCAUGGCAACCAUAGAGGAACUGGCCCAUCAAAUUUUUGAACAGCAAAUGGGAGAGGUUGCACAUUCCCAGGAAGGUGGUACACAAACACUAAUGGAUGGGACACCACAGCGGAUACAGAUUGUCCCUGCAGACUCGGGCCUCUCUUUAUCCCAGCGCAUACAGAUUGUCACAGAUCAGCAGACGGGCCAGAAGAUUCAGAUUGUUACAGCACUUGAUCAGAGCUCAGCAGGCAAGCAGUUCAUCUUAACAAAUCAUGAUGGCUCUACCCCAAGCAAGGUGAUCCUUGCCAGACAAGAUUCCACUCCAGGAAAAGUUAUCCUAGCAACUCCAGAUGCUGCAGGUGUCAACCAACUGUUUUUUGCAUCCCCUGAUAUAUCUGCACAACACAUCCAGAUUUUAACAGACAACUCCCCCAAUGAACAGGGCCUAAAUAAAGUGUUUGAUCUGUGUGUUGUAUGUGGAGACAAAGCAUCAGGGCGUCAUUAUGGAGCAGUAACCUGUGAGGGAUGCAAAGGGUUCUUUAAAAGGAGUAUACGGAAGAAUUUAGUUUAUUCCUGCCGAGGAACAAAGGACUGCGUCAUUAACAAACACCACCGGAAUCGCUGCCAGUACUGCAGGCUGCAGAGAUGCAUCGCCUUUGGCAUGAAACAAGAUUCUGUACAGUGUGAGAGGAAACCUAUUGAAGUGUCAAGAGAAAAAUCUUCAAACUGUGCAGCUUCUACAGAAAAGAUCUACAUUCGGAAAGAUCUUCGUAGUCCAUUAGCUGCAACCCCAACUUUUGUAACAGACAAUGAAACAGCAAGGUCAACGGGUUUGCUGGAAUCCGGAAUGUUUGUUAACAUUCAUCCAUCCGCAGUAAAAAGUGAGCCUACUGUGCUGAUGACUCCAGAUAAGGUAGAAGCAUGUCAAGGAGAUUUAAGUACACUGGCAAAUGUGGUGACUUCAUUAGCAAAUCUCAGCAAAUCCAAAGAUAUGUCACAAAGCAGUACAGAGCUGUCCAUGAUUGACAGUUUGAGUAAUGGAGAUGCAUCAUUACCUGAACACAAGCAAGAAGAACAAGCUAGUAGUGAUGUUACAAGGGCAUUUGAUACUCUUGCAAAAGCAUUAAAUCCAGGAGAGAGUGCAGCAUGCCAGAACUCUGAAAAUGUUGACACCAGUGCACAGCUGCUUGGUGGAGAAACAAGCAUGAACAUUGUUGAAAUAGAGGGGCCACUACUCAGUGAUGCUCAUGUAGCAUUCAGGCUCACCAUGCCUUCUCCUAUGCCUGAUUAUCUUAAUGUUCACUAUAUCUGCGAGUCUGCCUCCAGGUUGCUUUUCUUGUCCAUGCACUGGGCACGUUCCAUUCCAUCUUUCCAAGCUUUGGGACAGGAUAACAGCAUAUCAUUAGUUAAAGCCUGCUGGAAUGAACUUUUUACGCUUGGUCUAGCACAAUGCUCCCAAGUUAUGAAUGUGGCAACGAUCUUAGCUGCUUUUGUCAAUCACCUUCAAGGCAGUUUACAACAAGAUAAGCUGCCAACAGACAGAGGAAGACUAGUAAUGGAGCAUGUCUUCAAAUUGCAAGAGUUUUGUAACAGCAUGGUUAAGCUGUGUCUAGAUGGAUAUGAAUAUGCAUAUUUGAAAGCAAUUGUCCUCUUCAGUCCUGAUCACCCAGGUCUAGAAAAUGUGGUACAGAUUGAGAAAUUUCAAGAAAAAGCUUACAUGGAGUUCCAAGACUAUGUAACAAAGGCGUAUCCGGAUGAUACUUACAGACUAUCUAGACUUCUUCUCCGAUUGCCUGCUCUUAGGCUGAUGAGUGCUGCCAUCACUGAAGAGCUGUUCUUCGCAGGACUGAUUGGAAAUGUUCAGAUUGACAGCAUCAUCCCGUACAUUCUGCGAAUGGAGACAGCAGACUACAACUCUCAGAUCAUAGGUCAUGGCAUGUAAAAGUAGCCGUUCAGGAUUCUGUACCAUGGCAAUCGUGGUGAUGUAAAUGCAUACCCUGUCUCCAAGAGAUGGUCAUAGCCUUCCAAUGCACCUUUCCAAAGAAGGCUCAUAUUCCUCCUUUCCAGGACACUUGGGAAACAUGGUGGAGUGUAUUAGGAUAUAGGAUCACUUCCUGUUCUUUAUCUGUUUUCAAGGACUUGUAAAUUAACUUGAUAUCUGAAGAAAGUCAAGAAUUGUCCAUCCUAUUUUUGUAGGUAGACGGACUUGGAAUAUUUGUUUAUGAAGUUCAGGCUUAUGAGGAAACUGAAGAAGCUUUGGUGAACUAAGGUAUCUCAACUUAGUUUGAUGUUUUAGACAAAUAAAUUAACUUUCUUCUCUGAGUUUUGUUUUCAGUGUUUUGCUACUAGUUCUUUUUCACUUAUCAAAUCAAAAAUACAUAAUCAAACAUCCUGAAAAGGCCAGUUUCCAUGCAGACGAGACCUGACUUAGUUUUGACUGUUGUUUUGAAGAGAGAUUUGUUUUGCGCUGAAUUAAACACUGGAUACCAUUACGAGUGCAGGGAAAGUAGAGGAUGUUCACAUUUUUAAAUAUUCUGAUGUUAACAUUGAUGCAGUUGAUCGAAAGAGAAGCAGCAGAGUCAGCAGUGACUGUUUUGCAGAUGCAACAGAAUACAACAUUGUAGCAAUAACUUGGUAGACAUCAGCUGUUUUAUACUACAAAAAACUAACAGAGAGGUGUAUACUGCAGGCAUUCAAAGACAGCAUAUUUCUGUGUUUUUACUUUGCCCCUCCCUCUUUCAUACUCUGUGCCCAGUGAUGGAGGCAUUCUAGAUGCCUCUUAACUUCUGUCCAUGUCUUUAUUUUUUGUUAUGGCUAGCUCUUGUAUGUAAUUCUCUUUUCCAAUGAGACCUGUAUGAUUACUUUUCAAAUUUGAGUUUGUCAAAUCCAGUGUCCUUCCGUAUGGGAGCAUAGCCUCUGCUGCUUUUCCUUUCCUUAUUAGAAAUGGGUCUAGAUACUCCAUGCAUGUUGCCUGAAUUGUACUCCAUAGCUCCAUCUAAGGACAAGUUUAAAUGUUCUUCUGUCUUGAGGAUGUGACUCACUUGACAAUUAACACUGACAUUGAGUUGCUUCUUGCUUUCUUUUGCAACAGGAAGUUACAGACCCCUGGCAUGUUUAUUUCCUGUUGCUUAAAAUGAGAGAAGUAUCCUAGUGAAAGUGAUGGUGUCCUUCAGACAUUAGUAUUUAGGGUUUUCUGAAUCUUGGGCCAAGGCCAAGUUCUAUUUAGCAUGAUCCCUUUCUUUCUCUGGCGAAACUGAGGAAGAGCCUCACCCCAUCAAGAGACACAUGAUUGCACCAGGAAUUGUUUAGCCUGAAGAUCAUAUUAAAUGGAGGGCUUUGCCUACUCUGCAGUGGCAGUUCCAAGGCCACCCUAACACCAAGAGACUACUAGAUGAGGGUUGGGUUCUAAAGGUCUUGAGUUCUGUAGUUUUUCUCAGCACCUGAGGAUCGCUACCAGACAAGAAAAACUCAAGAACUGCCUCUGACACUGAAUUUCUGUUCUUCUCAAUUCCACUGACUGAGCUGCUUAGAUCUUCCUCUACCCAAGCUCCAUAAUCAGAGACUGUAUCAUAGAAUCACAGAAUCAGAUGAUGGUUGGGGUUGAAAGAGGCCUUUAAAGAUCAUCUGGUUCCAGCUGCGUGUAUGGACAGGGACAUCUUCCACUA